UUUAGUAAUGUUGCUGCCAUUGGAGUGGUAUUUCCGAUCAUUCAAUCAAGUCCAACAUUUUUCGCAGUUGGUGUUAAACUUUCUGAAGGUGUCAGCACUAUAGUAUUGGCUAAUUGGUUGGUGGUGAUGGCUGCAAUAAUAGGGAAAGCGCUACAAAAAGUGCUAUUUGGAGAGUUGAGACUUAUAGAGAUUGAACAUAUUUAUGAAAAAUCAAGAUUCACUGUGUUGAAUAGCUUGAUUGCCUUGACUAUGUUUAGCAAUGACUUUUUAUUGAUACCCGGUAUCCUUACCUUAUUUUCAUUGUUCAUGAAGGUCUUCCAUUGGGUAUUGGAGGAUAGAUUUGAUCACAUUUUCCAGACAGCUACAACCCCAUCACAAGCCUUAAAAACAAGAAAUACAUUUACUCUAUUGGCAUUACUAUAUGUUGAUUUCAAUUUGGUUUAUACAUGUGUUGAAUAUUCAUUUGGUAAUAACCCAGAUGUUUACUUUGCAUUUGGUUUUGAAUUUGCCGUUUUGUUUCUUGACUUGUUAUUGCAAUUAGGGAAAGUUGUUUUAAACACAUGGGAACUUGUUUAUUUAGGUCAACACCCAGAUGAAGAUGUUAUGGAGAGUAAAGCAUUAUAUAUGAGACUGUUGAAGAUUUGCCACAAAUCAUUGGUGCUUAUAAUUCACAUUUUUCUGUUGGUCACGUUAUUAAGCCCAUAUAGAUACCCAAUUUACUUAUUCAAAGAUAUUUUCUUCAACAUCUUUGGUUUAUUAACUGAUAUCAGAUCAUUCCUUAGAUAUCAAAAGGCAGCAAAGGAAUUAAAUGCAAAGUUGGCAGAUGCUACCCCACAAGAUUUAGAAAGGGAUAAUCUAUGUAUCAUUUGUAUGGAUGAGAUGGACACUACAAGUGCUGAGAAGGGCACCCGUCUGUAUCCAAAAAGAUUAAACUGUGGACAUGUUUUCCACUUGGGAUGCCUUAAGGGUUGGUUUGAAAGAUCGCAGCAAUGUCCAACAUGCAGGGCUCCAGUG